GUGUGUGUGUGUGUGUGUGUGUGUGUGUGUGUGUGUGUGUGUGUGUGUCUGUGUGUGUGUGUGUGUGUGUGUGUGUGCGGUCGCUCCCCGCUGCUGCAGGCUGCUGUCGGACUGCGCUCCUCUUCCUCCGGUCUGAAGGAUCAUGUCCCCCUCCAGCAGCAGGACUCUCUCUGCUCCUCUUCAGGGUUACUACCUGACAUGAAGGUCUGAAGUUUGAGGACGCCCCCUGCUGGACUCCCGCUGCACCUGCAGGCCAUGGCCGAGCCCAGCUACUCCGACCUGAUCGCCAAACACUACAACUACACCGGCAAGUUCCGCAAGACGCAGCAGGACUCGGGUCUGAAGGCCGACUCGGUGGUCUUCAUCAUCGUGUGCUGCUUCAUCAUCCUGGAGAACAUCCUGGUCCUGACCACCAUCUGGAGGACCAAGAAGUUCCACAAGCCCAUGUACUACUUCAUCGGGAACCUGGCGCUGUCCGACCUGCUGGCCGGCGUCGUCUACACCGCCAACAUCCUGCUGUCGGGAGCCAACACCUACAAGCUGACGCCCACGCAGUGGUUCUUCAGGGAGGGCAGCAUGUUCGUGGCGCUGGCGGCUUCCGUCUUCAGCUUGCUGGCCAUCGCCAUUGAGCGCCACCUCACCAUGCUGAAGAUGAAGCUGCACAACAACGGCAACACCUGCCGCGUCUUCCUGCUCAUCAGCACCGUGUGGAUGAUCGCGGCGGUGCUGGGCGGCCUGCCGGUGAUGGGCUGGAACUGCAUCCAGAGCAUGACGCAGUGCUCCACCGUGCUGCCGCUCUACCACAAGACCUACAUCCUGUUCUGCACCACCGUCUUCAGCAUCAUCCUCAUGGCCAUCGUGGUGCUCUACGCUCGCAUCUACGCGCUGGUGCGAACUCGCAGCCGCAAACUCGUCUUCCGCAAGGUGUCCAACGGCCGCGGCAACGCCGGCGCCAACAUCAAGAGCUCGGAGAAGUCCAUGGCGCUGCUGAAGACUGUCAUCAUCGUCCUGAGCGGUUUCAUCGCCUGCUGGGCGCCGCUCUUCAUCCUCCUGCUGCUGGACGCGGCCUGCGAGACGCUCAGCUGCCCGAUCCUCUACAAGGCCGAGUGGUUCCUGGCGCUCGCCGUCCUGAACUCCGCCAUGAACCCGCUCAUCUACACGCUGACCAGCAACGAGAUGCGCCGUGCGUUCCUCAAGACGCUGCUGUGCUGCACCACCUGCAUCCGGCCCAACGCCAAGUUUACCGGGCCGAUCGUGGGGGCCGAGUUCAGCCGCAGCAAGUCGGAUAACUCCUCCCACCCCAACAAGGAGGAGGCGGAGUACUCACCGAGGGAGACGACAGUGGCGUCCUCGGGGAACGUCACCUCGUCGUCCUAAACGAGUAAACGAGUCGUAGAGUCUCAGAUGUAGAGUUUGUGUUUGUACAGGAAACAGGUGUAAACGGCGCCCGGUGGCGUCAUCAUGGACCGAUCUGAACCUUCAGCUGAUCUGGAGUCACAGCACUUAUGGAGACUUUCAAACUGGUUAAACUGGGACCAGUGAACCCUCAGACAGAGGAGGUCCACACUUUGUAAGAAGCUCACACCUGUAACGUGUCACCGUGUCAGUCGGAACGCAUCAGCACACCUGCAGGACGAUCAGCUGGUUUAACUGCUGGAACUCUGGAUGAUUUCACCUGUUAAUGUGGAUCAUGGUGGUCCAGGUUCAUUCAGGGCCCAGUCAGACCAGAGAGAGUCAAGUCCUCGUGAUGUUGGACGUUUCCCUGGCUGUUGAUGAAGGUUUACAGCAUUAGUCACGAGUUACGACGCAUUAUGAAGAUCAGUAUAACUGAAUAACAGAUGCGAGCUUCAUAGAAAGUGUUAUUGAUCCUCGUAGAAGAAGAAUCGGACUCAACUGACCGUCUAAGAACAACUAGAACCUGUAGCGCUUAAACACACAGCUGUCAAAUAUUUAAGAAAUACGAAUUAAUUCAUGGAAAUGUUUCUUUUUCUUCUUUCACUUCCCUUAAAAAAACACUUGUGAAAACAUGAACUCGGAGCUCAGGUGCAUCUCACGCACAUCGUUUCAGAGCGAAGUCUUCACGUCUGACCGGAAACUGUCACCUGUGCCGCCAGAAUUUAUAUAAAAGGAACACCUGAAGGAAAUCAGCUGUUUUGACUCGCAGACAAACAGCAGAGAAAGAAGGCGAAAGCUGCACAACUAUGAUGUAAUCUGUUAUUUCAAGUUUAAGAUCAAUGGUUUGCCUCGUGAGUUUGUGCAGUCUGUCUUCUUCCAGGUGUCCUUGGUGGAGAGGAGGUCAUGUGACUCCUGGUGACACCUGAGGUUGCUCGACGUCCUCCCGGAUCCACGUUCUUCAUACGUUACAGUCUUUUCAGAACUUUGUCGUCCUGAUUGUUCAAACUGUAAUUAUAUCAGUUUGGUCUAUUCUGUACACACGGCAUCUACUUCCUGUCCGUCCUGGAGAGCGAGCCCUCCUCUGCUGCUCUUCCUGAGCUUUCUACCAUUUUUUCCCCCUGUUAAAGGGUUUUUUGGGAGUUUUUCCUGAUCUGAAUCGAUGGUCUGAGGACAGAGGGGGUCGUAUCCUGUACAGACUGUGAACCUGAGGCUAAAUUGUGAUUUGUGAUAUUGGGCUAUAUAAAUAAAAUGGACUUCACGAUAAAAUCCAGCAGAAACUAGAACCAGAGAAGUGAGAGUCAGGUUGUUACUGCGAACGUUUGGGUCCUAUAAGAGUCAAGAGUUACAACAGAAAUUUGGUUAUUUCACAUGAGACUUUUCUGUAUUUGAAUCGAACUGUGACGACAGCUGUGAAGCUGUUUGCUCGUGUUUCCAGAUCACUGUCAAUCCAAUCUGAUCAGACCACACAGUCCUGAUUUCCUAAAAUUUCACAUUAAAUUUUUGUAUAUUUAGUCAUAAAUAUUUAAUAUUGUAGAGAAAUUACUUUUUUUGCCCUGAGUUUCGCCUCUCAGGCUACACACAGGCUGGCCUGCCUUCUUCCUGGAGGUUGUUGGUGUUGUAUGCAGCCGGAGGGGAAGCCUGCAGACACAACUCAGGGCUGAGAAAAGUACUUUCACCUCCUUAUCAAACUUUCUGUGGUCACAGUCUGUCUUUUAUUUACAGUUAAUAUUCUCCUGAAAACACAUCAAAGAUAAUGCAGUAAAGGAAAUGCAACAUUAUCUAUCAGAAAGCAUCACGUCUGUCAGAGAAACUAAAUGUGAUUUUAAGUUGAGUUAGUGCUUUAAUGACACAGCAAUUUACUUUGCAUUUCUAUAAUCGAACCUACGUGCAUGUAUUCAGCUGAUGGUUGGAUUUUAUCCAGAAGAGGAAGAAGCAGCAUGAAACACUGAUCUUUAGAAGCUGAGUGUGUGUGUGUGGCUUUUCCAUAUUUCUUAUAAUUUAUAAAAACACACAUAAAAAACAAAUUCAUCUAAUGUCUCAGAGAAGCACCUGAACUUUGAAUUUAUGUGUUUUUGUUGUGACAUUUUUGUAAAAAAGUUAACUGUGUAAAAGUUGUAGAAACUGUAUUUUCUACUUCCUGUCUGUGUUGUUGUUGUUGUUGUUGUCAGUAGUGACGUCAGUGUAGUCGAAUUAAUUUAUAUUUGAAACCAGGAAGUAAAAAACAACAUUUAGUUUGUCAGAUAAACGAAAGAAGGUUUUGUUUUGUUCAGUCUGGUUUCAGAAAUACGGAAGCUCAUUUCUGAAAAGAUAUGAUAAGAUAAAAAUAAUAAAUUGAGGAACAAUUAAACAACAAAACUCUGAGUAGAGUCUCAGACGUUUAUUCUUGACCUGGAAAACAGCAGCUGAGAAAAACAAUCUCACAACAAGGUCCAUUUAAUACGUGGUCUGGAGCUUUUGGUCAUAUCCAAUGAUCUUGAUCAGCAGCUCAGCCUUUAAGUCAACAUGGAUGAGAAAUCCUUAAAGAGCUCAGAAAAAAUGGAAAUUUUAAGCAUCUACAAUUUCAUGACAGCUGGAUAAACUCCAUCUGCUGAGGAUCAUGUGAUAUGACUGAAAGCUCCAGGACAGGUACUAAAUGGACCUUGUGGUGAAACUAUCUCAUAUGACUCGAUAUGAAAUGACAAACUGUAAAAUACUAAGCGAGUCACGUGACAAACUGAUGAUUUUUAGUUUCUAAGCUGCUGCUCAGAACCUCAUAGAGAAUUUUAUGUUUUAAGCAUCCAAUAAUUUCAUCAUCACGUUUAACUUUCGGCAGGAACGGGCUUCCGUACAGAUCAGACUCUGUUACCACGGUGACCAGUCCUUUUCGAUUUCCAUCUUCUAUCAGGAGCGGAUCGAUUAAUCCAUUAAUUCCCGUGUUUGUUGACGUCCAGCCUGAACUCUGUGUGUCCGCACUGUUUAACUCCUGAAUGUUGGUUUGUUGGUUUUUUAGCACUUAAUAAAAGGUAGAAAUAGAAACACA